UGCCUCAGACCUUAGGACCUGGGUGAUCUAGGGGCCUUUCAUCCUCUGGAUUCUGUAGCUGAGCUGCCCCUCACCAAGGCUGUCCUGCUGAACCUCCAGGUUGUCCUGUCCAGGAUGGGGUCGUGGAUGGAACUAGGUGGCUCAGCCUUCCAAAUGCUAGGCACGGUGGCUGCAGCCUGGUGGCUUCUGCGGGUGGCCUGGUGGCUGGGCCAUGCCUUGCUGGUCUAUGGGCUGCCCCAGGUUGGCCUGGGCCUUGGCAUUUCUCUCAGGAAGCAAGGGGCCUGGGCAGUGGUAACCGGGGCCACAAACGGAAUCGGCAGGAGCUAUGCUCAUGAGCUGGCCCGAAGAGGCCUCAACGUUGUACUGGUGAGCCGAGAUCUCAGCAAGUUACGUCGGGAGGCAGAGGACAUUGAGAGACUCCAUGGUAAGGAAACAAGAGUCAUCCAGGUGGACUUCAGUGGAGGCUUAGAGAUCUAUGAGACAGUUGAGAGAGGCUUGGAGGGCCUAGACAUCGGCAUUCUAGUGAACAAUGUUGGAGUAGCUCCCAAGAUAAUCCCCCAGAAGCUAAUGGAUUUGAAGAAUCCAGGCAAGAGUUUCACAGACAUGAUGAAUUGUAACAUGCUGUCAAUGGUUCAGAUGACCCGGAUCAUCCUGCCUCAGAUGGUAGCCAGGGGACGAGGAGUCAUCAUCAACAUAUCCUCUAUGGCUGGCAGACAGCCUUCCCCAUUCUUGGCAUUAUAUGGGGCUACUAAGGCCUUUAUGAAUAGCUUCUCUCGGGCUGUGGCCUUGGAAUACCGGUCCUCUGGAGUUAUCAUACAGACUCUUACUCCUCUGGCAGUUUCCAGCAACAUCCAGAUGCCACCCACAAAAUUCUUGGUGAAGUCUUCAGAUGACUUUGCCAGAGAAGCCUUGGACACCGUAGGCGUCUCUAACUUCACCUGGGGGUGUUUCCUACACUCUGUCCACGGUUUGUUGCUGUGGCCCCUGAACUCCAACUUCAAAUUCAUCAUCCCGACUCUGAUGUUCUUCUACUCUCUGUUCAAUGCAUCCAGAAAUCCUGAAGAAGUUCCCACAGUCGCGCUGGGAGUCCCGGGACUGAACCCCACCUCCACCCCUCAACACUCGCAGGACUCCCUGAAACUCCCAGGAUGGCGAGGAUUGGCCCUGAAAGCCUUCUUGGAAGCAGCCAGUGUGGCAGCUCAG